AUGAUCCGACCUGUCGGAAUCCCCAUCGAAGCAGGCACUGCUCUUCCGCCGCCUCGCAAAUCAUUCACGGGACGCUCAGUAUCUCUCGAGCCACUUUCUCCAACCCAUAUCGACGGUCUAUGGGAGAUAAUCGGCCAACCAGACCAAGUCGGCGUCUGGACCUACAUCCCUACCGAGCCGUUACCCGGCAAAGAAGCAUUCACUGAGCUUCUGACGGGUUUCUGCAAAUCCCAAGAUCCAGUAUUCUACGCCCUAGUCGACCCAUCCGGUAACCCACUGGGCUUCUUCAGUCUGAUGCGCAUGGAUCUAAAGAACCGCGUCGUCGAACUCGGUUAUGUCAUUUUCUCUCCUCUUCUACAGCGGACAACUGCUGCCACAGAGGCGUUCUAUCUAAUCGCUGCCGCUGUCUUCGGGGAGCUUGGGUAUCGUCGUCUCGAGUGGAAAUGCGAUAAUCUAAAUGCGCCAUCCAAGAAGGCUGCCGCGCGGUUUGGCUUCACCGAGGAAGGUGUUUUCCGCCAGCAUUUGAUUAUCAAGGGCCGCAACCGGGAUACGGCCUGGUUCUCUAUUGUUGAUACCGAGUGGCCGGGGUUGAAGAGCUCUUUUAAGAAGUGGCUUGAUCCGGUGAACUUCGAUGUUGAUGGUAAUCAGCUUUGUUCGUUGACUUCUUUCCGGGGCGCUUGA